AUGAAAAGGAACAUGUCUCUUUCUCUCUUUCUCUCUCACUCUCAUUUUCUAUCUCUCUUUCUCUCUCUUUCUCUCUCUCUCUCUUUCUCUCUCUCUAAGUCGUCUAUGUUGAUUCAUGUAGAGACCCAUAAUUUUAGUGAAAAGCUAAACCUGCACGCUAUCUAUCUAUCUAUCUAUCUAUCUAUCUAUCUAUCUAUCUAUCUAUCUAUCUAUCUAUCUAUCUCUGUUUAUAUCUAUCUAUCUAUCUCUGUUCAUAUCUAUCUACUGCACUUUAUUCAGUUCCUUUAUUUAAAAAAAAUAGUGAUCACAUUAAAAUUUUAUCUGUCUCUCUAUCUAUCUAUCUAUCUAUCUAUCUAUCUAUCUAUGUCUGCUAAUAUCUAUCUAGAAAUGAACAUCUCAUUGUACAAAUCUCGGUCCGCGGAUCUAUCUAUCUAUCUAUCUAUCUAUCUAUCUAUCUAUCUAUCUAUCUAUCUAUACUGGCAUUCAGUUCCUAUUUUCAUUUAUUUUGCCUUCAACCUUUUUUCAUUUCUUCUUCUUCUUUUUUUUCUUCUUCUUCUUUUUCUUCUUCUUUUUCUUCUUUUUCUUCUUCUUCUUCAACACAUUCUUUAUCGUUUCCUUUUUAUUCUUUUCUUAUUUUCUUUUCUCAUUUGA